AUGGCAGAGCAGAGUAGCCGCGAUGUGGUAGAUCAGACCCUGUCGGGCGGCGAGCCUUCGCCUUCCGACGUUCCUGCGAGCACAACCGACAAGACUUCUGCUGGAGGGGACGUGGGCAAACAUAUCGCACAACUGCCAGAAUCCCAAAUAUUAUCCGAACAAAAAUCCAACGACGUGACGACAGAGACGACAGAAUCUCAAGGCAAGCGGACUGGAGGCGAUAAGGACACCGGGGGCUCUUUGAUGGUGGGUAUCGUUGAUGGAAAAGAAGAGAAUAGUCGGCUGAACUGGUUGCAGGAUCCUUCAAAGCAAGGUGUUGGAUUGGUUGCCUCUCGAGCUCUUGAGCUUAAUGGACUAGCGUCGGCAUCAGAUGGUGGAGAUGAUACGGCGUCCCAAGGCGGCUCAGAGUCAGAUACCAGUCGAACAGAUGGUAGACACCACACUCGAACGGGAUCUGUGAAGAAGCCUUCGAUGUUCAAGCCGAUGUCUUUCACCAAGUUCACUAUGCCAAAAGCGCCGGGAGCCCCUCCCCCUCUUAAAGCGCCUGAAAAAGGUUUGUUUGUAUAUCUCUCUAUUGUGGCCCGUGUCUAA